UUUUACGUUUGCAUAAUAUUUAGGAUGGAUAGUAUGCAGAUAGGAACGCAGGGCGUGUUGGUUUCACCCGUGCCCAUUUGACACGCGGACCGGAAGUUACGUACAUGUAAUGCGCUAAGCUGCGCAAGAGGAACGUGGAGCGUGAGGAUUUGUUUUGGCAUCUGAUCCUUCACCAUGAUUAUCCCUGUUCGCUGUUUCACUUGUGGGAAAAUUGUUGGGAACAAAUGGGAGGCGUAUUUAGGUCUUCUUCAAGCAGAGUACACAGAAGGUGAUGCUCUGGAUGCUUUAGGUUUGAAGAGGUACUGCUGUCGCCGGAUGCUUCUGGCCCACGUGGAUCUCAUUGAGAAGUUGUUGAAUUACGCGCCGCUGGAGAAGUAAUACACUUUCAUCCCAAUCGAAGAUGAACCUUCAACGAACUUCCUCUUAUGUUUUCAUAGACUAUAAUGAUGCUUGCAGAAGAGAUGCAGGAAUAGAGUCCUGUACAUGUAUUUUCUUCAGACUGUAUCUGAAUUUGUGAUGUAAAUUUUUGUUUACUAAGAUUUUGUUAAAUAAAGUUUAAAAUGUA